AGCUGCAAGAAACUAAGACCUCCGAAUAUCACAGAAUAUCCCACAGUCCCCUGGAUUAUAGGAUAUUAUUUAUGGAUGAAGAUCAGGAUCGGAUCUAUGUGGGCAGCAAAGAUCAUAUUCUGUCUUUGAAUAUUAAUAAUAUAAGCCAGGACCCUCUCAGUAUUUUCUGGCCAGCAUCAGCAAACAAAGUUGAAGAGUGCAAAAUGGCUGGCAAAGAUCCUACGCAUGGCUGUGGAAAUUUUGUGCGUGUGAUACAGUCAUACAACCGCACACACCUGUAUGUCUGUGGCAGCGGUGCCUUCAGCCCCGUGUGUGUGUACGUGAACAGAGGGCGCAGAUCCGAGGAACAAAUCUUCAAGAUCGACUCCAAGUGUGAAUCAGGGAAGGGACGCUGUUCUUUCAACCCUAAUGUGAACACUGUGUCUGUUAUGAUCAAUGAAGAGCUUUUUUCAGGAAUGUAUAUUGAUUUCAUGGGGACAGAUGCUGCCAUUUUUCGGAGUCUGACCAGGAGGAAUGCAGUGCGAACUGACCAGCACAACUCCAAGUGGCUGAGUGAGCCUAUUUUUGUGGAUGCUCAUGUUAUCCCAGAUGGCACUGAUCCCAAUGAUGCCAAAAUCUACUUCUUCUUCAAAGAGAGACUUACAGACAACAGUGGCAGUACAAAGCAAAUUCAUUCAAUGAUUGCAAGAAUAUGCCCGAAUGACACAGGUGGUCAGCGUAGUCUUGUGAACAAGUGGACAACAUUCUUGAAAGCAAGACUUGUGUGCUCAGUAAUGGAUGAAGAUGGAACGGAAACGUACUUUGAUGAAUUAGAGGAUGUGUUUCUUCUAGAAACAGAUAACCCCAGAACAACCCUUGUGUAUGGAAUUUUUACAACAUCAAGCUCCAUAUUUAAAGGCUCAGCCGUGUGUGUGUACCAUCUAUCAGACAUCCAGACUGUGUUCAAUGGGCCCUUUGCACACAAGGAGGGCCCAAACCACCAGCUGAUUCCAUAUCAGGGCAGAAUUCCGUACCCGCGGCCUGGCACUUGUCCAGGAGGAGCCUUCACACCUAAUAUGCGGACAACCAAAGAGUUUCCAGACGAUGUUGUGACCUUCAUCAGGAAUCACCCUUUGAUGUUUAAUCCCAUUUACCCAAUACACAAGAGGCCAUUAAUCAUCCGGAUAGGAGCUGACUACAAGUAUACAAAGAUUGCUGUGGAUCGAGUGAAUGCUGCUGACGGAAGAUAUCAUGUCUUGUUUCUUGGAACAGAUCAAGGAACCGUGCAAAAAGUUGUUGUCCUACCCACCAACUUCUCUGCAAGUGGAGAACUCAUUUUAGAAGAGCUGGAGGUUUUUCAGAGUAAUUCUCCUAUAACAACAAUGAAGAUUUCAUCUAAAAAGCAACAGUUGUACGUGAGCUCUGACGAGGGGGUUACCCAGGUGUCCUUGCAUCGCUGCCACAUCUAUGGCACCGCCUGUGCUGACUGUUGCCUAGCUCGAGAUCCGUACUGUGCCUGGGAUGGCAGCUCCUGCUCCAGGUUUUAUCCCACAGGGAAAAGGAGGAGUCGUAGGCAAGACGUGAGACAUGGAAACCCUCUGACUCAGUGCCGAGGUUUCAACCUGAAAGCAUACAGAAAUGCUGCAGAGAUUGUUCAGUAUGGAGUAAAAAACAAUACCACCUUUCUCGAAUGCACUCCCAAAUCUCCUCAGGCUUCUAUUAAAUGGCUACUACAGAAAGACAAUGACAGGAGAAAAGAGGUCAAGUUGAAUGAGAGGAUCAUAGCUACUGAGCAAGGACUCCUUAUUCGCUCUGUCCAGGACAGCGACCGGGGGCUUUACCACUGCAUCGCGACAGAGAACAGCUUCAAGCAGACCUUAGCGAAGAUCAAUUUCAAAGUGUUGGAUUCAGAUAUGGUGUCCUUCAUGACUGACAAGUGGUCCCCUUGGACCUGGGCAAGCUCAGUACGAGCCCUGCAGUUCCACCCAAAGGACUUUGAGGGAGCUUUCAGCCACUCAGAAAUGCAGAUGAUCAACCAGUACUGCAAAGACAGCAGACAGCAAGGUCAGCAGAGGGAAGAAUCCCAGAAGAUGAGAGGGGACUACAGCAAACUGAAGGCCCUUAUCAAUAGCAGGAAAAGUAGAAAUAGAAGGAAUCAAUUACCUGGCUCUUAACUUUAUUUCAUAGUAAUAGAUAUCUUUGUCCUCACUGUAGAGAUUUUAUAUUUGUCUAUUGAGAACAAAUUUGAGCAAAUCUGAUAAAAAAUUAAAUUAAAAUCCAACAA